CUGCUCGCUCUCUCUCAGUGUGUGUGUGCGUGUUGUCAUUAUUAUUAUCCAGUCUGCUCCCAGCUCAGAAUGGCCAGAUUCACUCAGACUGAGAGAAGAACGGAGCAGCACCCACAGCCGCCCCAUCCCGCAUACUCCAGCCUGCUUUUCACUGGACCCGGGGCAGCACCGACCCAACAUCCACUCCUCUUUGUCCCGCACCAGUACGCUCAGAUCCCAUCUCCUAAACCCAUGAACGGGUCAGAAUCCAUCUCCAUUCAUCCGGAGAACGGCACCAUGAAAGACCAAGAUGCCAUAAAACUCUUUAUCGGGCAAAUACCGCGAAACCUUGAAGAAAAAGACCUGAAGCCCCUAUUCGAACAGUUUGGGAAAAUCCACGAAUUGACAGUAUUGAAGGACCGUUACACCGGCAUGCACAAAGGCUGCGCGUUCCUCACCUACUGCGCCCGCGAGUCGGCCAUCAAAGCCCAGAACGCCCUCCACGAACAGAAGACGCUGCCAGGGAUGACCCGACCCAUCCAGGUGAAGCCAGCGGACAGCGAGAGCCGUGGAGAAGACAGGAAGCUGUUCGUGGGGAUGCUGAACAAACAGCAGACUGAAGACGACGUCUAUCGUCUUUUCGAGCCAUACGGCAUCAUCGAGGAGUGCACUGUUUUAAGAGGUCCUGAUGGGAAUAGCAAAGGCUGUGCCUUUGUAAAGUUCUCCACACACGCUGAAGCUCAGUCUGCAAUCGGUGCCCUUCAUGGCAGCCAGACCAUGCCAACUGGCUCCGAUUCUCUCCUCCCCCAGGGUGCCUCGUCCAGCCUGGUGGUCAAGUUUGCAGACACGGACAAGGAGCGCACCAUCCGCCGCAUGCAGCAGAUGGUCGGCCAGUUCGGCAUCUUCAAUCCUGCCAUCGCCCUGCCCUUCAGCACAUACAGCACCUACGCACACGCGCUGAUGCAGCAGCAAGCAGCCCUAAUGGCCGCCAGUCACGGAGGCUACCUGGCACCCAGCGUGGCCUUUCCCACCACCCAGAUACACCAGAUGGGGGCGCUCAACAUCAACAGCCUCCCACCCACCCCCAUGACCCCGGUGUCGGGUGAGUUUCAUCAGUCACUGGGUCUCAGCUCACCUCCUGCCAACAUCACCACAUCAGCGGUCCCCAGCAUCGUCACUCCAAUCGUCAAUGGCUUUACCAGUAUUCCUCACCAGCCCAACGGACACCCUGCAGUAGAGGCCGUUUACACCAACGGCCUGGCCCCUUACUCCACCCAAAGCCCCACGGCUGCAGACACCCUACAACAGGCCUUUACCGGAGUGCAACAAUAUACAGCCAUCUACCCAGCGACCACACUGACCCCUAUUGGCCACAGUUUGCCACAACCACAGCAAGUCAUCCAACAGCAGCAGCAGAGAGAAGGUGAGGGACCAGAGGGCUGCAACCUCUUCAUUUACCAUCUACCGCAGGAAUUUGGCGAUAAUGAGCUCAUGCAGAUGUUUCUUCCAUUUGGUACAGUCAUCUCCUCCAAGGUUUUCAUGGACAGAGCCACCAACCAGAGCAAAUGUUUCGGUUUCGUGAGCUUCGACAACCCAGCGAGCGCGCAGGCUGCGAUCCAGGCCAUGAACGGCUUUCAGAUCGGCAUGAAGAGAUUGAAAGUUCAGUUGAAGAGACCGAAGGACGCGAGCCGCCCAUACUGACAGGGCCCGACCUACACAGACUCCCAGCAACAGCACAGGAUUUGAAGAGUGAAAUCUGGAAAGGAAUUUAACUUUUUCUUUAAAAACAAACAACGAACAGAUUUUUUUGAAGACAUAUCAGCAUUUAUUUUACUGAGAAGUUCAGUACGGAGGAGAUUUGCGGGCGAACAGGCACCCGUGGACUAAAAAAACCACAGUCGGCACAGCGCACGAACGGCGAGGAAGAUUUCUCGAAAGACGGAGAACUCGACACGUCCUCUCUCGCUGAGCCUCGAACCGUUAGUCAAGAAACAAACGAAAAGAAAACCGAGCGAGAACAACUUUGAUUUCUAUCUACAUAUUACACACGCAUACGUUAUUUAAAGGAAGAGGCGCGUACGGCUUUUAUCACACUGGACAAAUGAGGGUUAAACUUGAAGACCAAGGAAAAAUGCAGUGGAACAAAAGCUCUUCUUUCCCACUAGUGGACUUUCUCUCUGUCUUUUUUCCUCUUUCCUUUCUUCUGUCAUCGUGUCUUUCAGCAAACGAAGGACUUUCUGUGGUCACCGAGGUUUCUGUACCCUCGGUGAAACGCUUUCACCCCCCAAGGGACCAAAGGACCAAACAUUUUUAUUCCUCAACAGAAAUAUAUGGUAUUAUUAUUAUUAUUAUUAUUAUUAUCUACUAAUACUACAAACUACUACUAACAAUGUAAGUUUAAAGAAAAAAAGCAUAAAAUAUUCGCUUCAGGUCGGAGGAAAGGGAUUUUGAGUUCUUUUCCUUUUACAUUUAUAGCUACUGGGUUUCAGAAUAUUUAAAGAAAAUAGACAAAAAAAAGAAGAAAAAAAGAUUUUAAAAGCUAUACUAUUUUAGUGGAGUAGAAUAUGUGGAUUGGAGAGUGUUAGGAGCAUGUUCAGCCAUUUUUUCAUCCAUUAAAAAUAAAGGGGAUGCCAGGGUGGGGCGGGUGGGGGUUUUAACUGUCCAUCCUUAAUUUUUACUCCGAGGUUGCUCAGAUAUCAGAAAUAGGCCCACAUUCCACACAAACAAAUGCUGAAUAAAACUAUACGUAUAUAUGCAUGUGCAAAAGUAUUGCUGGUUCAGCAAAAACUCGGGUAGGUAUUCAGUACGCAUAAGCUAAUGCAUUUAUCUGAGGAAAGCCUCACUUAUCAAGUACCGGUGGCUUAGGUGCAAACUAAUAUAACAGCUGUAGCCAAUGCACAGGUUAAAAAAGAACAAAAAUCACUGGUAAUGUUUGUUUUUUGACAGGAUGGGAAAUAUUUACUGAUAUUUAUUAUUUUUAACGCUUUAAUGCUCUUAGUGCCCUCAAUCGGAUCUAAAGAGUAUUACAGUUGUUCAUUUUAUUUUUGAGCACCAUCGCCCAUUUCUACCAUACAAGUGAACAUCAGAGCUUUUCUUAUCAUUCAUUUCAGAAAACAUCUUUCAACGUACUCGACUUACAUCGCAUCUAAACGCAGCAAUCUACUAUGAACAUGCCGGUUGGUGCCAAAUGCUCGAUAUCAACUGAUAAAGCACAUUGCUAAAUAGACCAAGCAGUUAUAGAUGCCAAGCCUUAAACCUUGAUAAGGUUAUUUACAGCCCACAAAAACGCCCCGAUGUAGUGGCUUACAAGGAACUCUACAGAAGGGCCAAAACGUCUGAAGCACAUCACAAUUUUACAGGGACCAUCUUGCAAAAUAAUUAUAACGAUUUUAAGUUUGCCUCAGAAACAUGCACAACCAAUGACAAAUUGACGUUUUUCUCACUUAUUUCGCUAAUAAAUUAUUUUAAGGUAAAAUGCCGUGGAAUGAUCGUAACUUCCCCUCGACUCGAAUGUACGUCAAAGAACGUGGAAUCCACAAAUGACUUAUAUUUCUAAGAAUACGCAUCUCAGGCUGGUAUGGAUUAGCAAGACGCUAACUGUCUUCGAAAGCCUAAUGAGCAGACUGUUUAACAGCUUACCAACAGCUUGCAAAUAGCAGCCAUGGGGGUUUACAUUUGGAGCAAACUGAUCCAUCAAUAAAAAAGCCACUGAGUCUGACAUUAUGGUGUACUUAACCACAGCUGUUGGUUUUCUCACAGACAAGCCACAAAUAUAGCGGAAUGCUAACGCGAGCGAGGCUGACGGGAAUCUUAACUAUAAACAGUAUCAGGGGUGUCAAAAGUACUGAGGAAUUAUACUUGAGUUGAAGUUUGGGCACUGCGCCACGUUUUAUGCAACUGAAAUUCAAAGAAGCUAGCUAAAACAAGUAAAAAAAGUUGUAUUUUAUUGAACUUGUAAGAAGUAACUGUUGCAACCCAUUUUCUGUGACUUUGAAAGACUCUUUGACACACCAGGUAACAUUAAUCUAAAAUCAAAGCCUACCUUAAAGUAUGUUAAAGUCAGUGUGAACCCAGAAAUUAUGCUUGAUUGAAACUUUUUUUUGUCAAAUAUGGUUAAAUUGUUCGCCACAAAACAUAUUUAAGAGAUUUGAAAACGUUUUUACAUUUCGUUAAAAGCGUAAUUAGCAGUAAAAAGUAAACAAGUUUCAUCAAAACUUUUCGUGACUUUGAAAGAAGACCGAUUUCAAUAUCAUGAUGUAUUUCUGAGUGAAACUAAAUAUUGAACAAGACUUUUUUAAUUGAAUCUGGUUGCAUUGUUCACCGCAAAACUACUAAUGUGCGCUAACAAAGUAAAUAGUCCAUUUUAGUUUCAUGUGGAUUUUGACAUUUGAACAUAGUUUAUAGUUUUAUGUUCACUGUCGUGUUCGGCUUCAUUCACGCUUACGUUUGACCUUGAAAUGGAUUUCAUUGGCUGUUUUAAAAUGAAGUCAAAUUUGAAGUGUCUGAUUUGGUUUGUUAGCUCAGUUAGCCAGUCAAAAUAAAGUCUAUUUCUUAACAAUGAUUUACAUAACAAUGGCAAGUUAAAUAUCUCCGCUGUCCUUCGGAAACCUCGGAUGUCCAAAUUCGCUGUUUUUCAGGAAAUGGAAAAACACAGUACUUUUUAAAUGAUUAAAUACUGUGUUGUUGAAAAGUUGACAAGCACUUUUUAAUACUUUCUAUUGGCUAGGUAUUUGCAAAUCCCGGUGACACACUUAAACGAUGACUAAUAAUAUUGAUUUAUGGAGAUAUGGAGAUACGUGGUUUCAGAAGGACAUCAGCGAUAUGUACUUUGAUGGUCUAAAUUAAGUUUAGACCAUCAAAGGAAGUAUGAUUUUUACUUCCUUCCUCCGGAGAAGGAAGUAUGAUUUUUUUCUAUUAGAAAUGCUAUUGAGAAUACGCACCAGUAUUUUAGUAGUACAUCAAAGUAAAAAUGAAUUAUCUCAGUAAUUUACACCCCUGAUCGAAAUACUGUAGGAGGAGCGGUGAGGUAACAUGCACAGCGUUCCUGGUUCAGGUUUAAAGGUUUAUUCCUAUGCAUUUCUCAUUCGAGUUUUUCGAAAUGUUGCGUUUGCACCCAUGCUGUCGCUACGCUACGCUUGUCGUUCGCCAACUUCUCGAUAACGCACUGCCUUCGUAGAUAUGCCAAAACUAGUAUACGACACAGAAACACAUAAAAAUAGAGUUCUCGCAGAAUUCACAGAUAAACAGAGCUCUAGACUCUAGCUGGGACAGAAAAGCACAUAUUUUGACCUCGUUUGAUUUCCACUGUGGGUAUUUGACCUGUUUGUCUUACCUAAAAAUAUAUCUGUAUGUUAAAUGUUUAAUCUCGCUGGUGUCAACAGGUUUUGUCGAGAAACAUUAACGUCGACGAGCGGCAUUUUUUCGCCCUCAGGUCGCGCUGAAAUGGAUCGCCGUCGAUUCGCAGGUUAUAUUGGCCUUUUCUGGAGAACCCUCUCCAUUUCAUUUCUUCCCCUCUCCUGUCCUGUGGUGGCAUAUCAGAAGGCUGUGACAUACAGACAUGCAGCCUUCGGGCGUCCGCGGUCUAAUAACCUCACGUUGCGGGGCCUUCUUCGAGAAUCUCUCCAUGCCAGAUGUGAAUUAUUAAAAUCAAAUUAAGUUUGGCCUGCAUGUAAAAGCAAGUGUAAUGCAAAUUAAAAACGGCAACUAGUGCCUGAAGUUUAAUAAGUUUGAAGGAUGAUAUCAUUACAGAAAAAAGAAGAUUGGAAAGGCAUGUCAAAUGAAAAACGUGGCUAGAUUUGUGAGAAAAAAAAUAAGGUGACAUGUCGACGUUACAAAUUGCAUUUACACAAGAAACCAAGGUAUUGCACUACAGGUACUUCUGAAGAAACUACACCACCAGCAUUUCAUACCUGUGUUCCGACCAUUUAUUCAUUUAUUCUAUUCAAAGCAUUUCUAUUUAGUUUUUUUAAAUCUUCAUGCUGAACUUUGAUCUAUGAGCAUGCUCAUCGGGGGGAAGCUUUGGGGGUUUAAAGUCUUAUAAAGGUACUCAUAUUAACAAUAUGAUUCUUUAACUAUGGUUUGUAUGCUAAGGAAAGUAGCUUAUUAUAGAAAUGAAAUCUGUAUAUUAGGGAGCAGCCGCACAGGAACAUUUCUCAGAUUCUAUGGGGGUGUUGUCGGUGGGCGGGCGGGGAGGGUUGGGUUUUCGCUUUAUAAAGAUCAUGUUAAAGUUCUGGUUUUCUCAGCACAAAGCGUAAGGAAAUAUAUAUCGAGAUUAUUGAUUUUUGCUGUGUGAAAUGCGCAGUGGGAGAGCCAGGCACUCACUGCGCCGAUCUUAAAGCCUGGAUGAGACAAUGCUGUUUACAGUUGAUUUUGGUUUCUUGUUAAUGUUUGUUUUCUUUUGAUAUUUUCCAAGAGUGCACCUUGUGAUCGAUGCGCCAUCGAUCCUCGCGAUACGAUUGGUGCUGCACGAACAGAAACGGACAGUGCUUUGUUUUUCUUUCUUUCUUUUUAGAGACAGAGAAGAUAUAUCUGAGAUAAUUGCCUGAAAAACCAAACAUCCUGUUGACAUUUCUCGAAUACUUGCUGCUUACAUUGUUUUACUGUUAUACCUACUCAACCAAUUAAUUUAUUAACAUUAAUUUAUUUUAUUUAUUUAUGACUACAAUCUGUUUAUGAAUCGCCUAUUUAUUGGUUAUGUUUCGAAAAAUGUAUGCAUCGAAAAGAAAUGCUUAAUGGGCUUCUCUCUUUCUCUCUCUUUUUUUCAAUUUUACAAUAAAAUUUUAAAUUUAAUAUGCAGUGUAUUUGCCC